CCUGACGACGUCAUGUGGCCACAAAAAACCGCUGUCACGUUAACAUGCAUGCAUAUUCUUCAUAGAACUGCUCCCACCCUGCAGUGAGGAGGAACCACAGCGUCAUCCUGAGACUUAUUUUGUAUGCUAUUUUUGUUUGUUUUUGGAAUGGUACUUGUCCGGGACCACCGUCCAUCCAUCCAUCCUAUCCAGUCAUUCAUCCAUCCCCGCUCUACGUGACUCGCGCCCGGCCGCUGGUGGAUGUGCGUGUGGGUGUGGGAGGGGCCCACAGCAACCACGGCUGUACCCCGCCCGUCUCGCCUCAUUUGGACUGCGGGGAUAACGAGCUGCAAGGAGGGAAGACGAACAAGCGUGAUCCCCUCCUCAUCCUUCCCCUGACUGUUUUUCCUUGACUCUGCGUCAAAGAAUCAAUCUCUAAUCCGCUGUGAGGUCAAAAGUGAUGGAACGGAGAUUAAACGUGGAAAAGGUCUAGAUUGAGAGUCUUUGAUACUGACUGACAAAGACAACCGUAAACCUAACCCUGACACUGGUACAAUGGGGGACACCAAGAAAUCACAUCUAAACUCAAGCCGCAUUUAACAUGCUGAACUCAGGAGUCACUCAAAUGCGUCCUGACUGCAGAGAGGAAAAUCUACCUUGCUAAACGGGCUCGUCAAUCAUAGACAACACACCAAAAUGCGUCCGUCCCUCGCCACCGCAGUCCUCCCGGCCCGGACCCGCACCCACAAUGCACCCAAUUUGGCCGUGGGGGGGCGUGAGCACCUCUCAGCCCCCCGGAGACGCAGCCCCAACCUGAGGCACACCCUAAGCCCAGAGAACCUCCGCAGUCUGGCGGAGAGGGGUGGGGCCGCAGUGGAUGCCAUGUCCAUGGUGAGCGGUCCUGUUGGCCUGCCUCGCGCCAACAGCGACACUGACCUGGUGAGCUCACAGACCAGGUCCUCGCUGACCGCCUCCACACUGGACUUCACGCUGAACCGAGGCCAGACGCUCGUCAUAUCUUGGGACAUCAAGGAGGAAGUGGACGCCACUGACUGGAUUGGUCUUUACCAUAUUGAUGAAACCAGUCCGUCCAACGUGUGGGACUGUAAGAACCGAGGGGUGAACGGCACCCAAAAGGGUCAGAUCGUUUGGAGGCUAGAAGCCGGACCUUACUUUAUGGAACCCGAAACCAAGAUCUGUUUCAAAUACUACCACGGUGUGAGCGGAGCCUUGAGAGCAACAACCCCCUGCAUCACUGUGAAAAAUACAGCUGUCCUGGUUGAGGGCCUUGCAGAGCAGGUUGGCAUCGAACAUCCUCGCAAACUGAUAAGCUUUACUUUGACAGAUCUGCGUGCUACCGCCUUGAAGAAAGGCAUGUUUUUCCAUCCGGAUCCGUACCUUAAGAUGUCCAUUCACCCUGGGAAGAGGAGUGUCUUCCCCGUCUUCAGUCACCAUGGGCAAGAACGCCGCUCGGCCAUCAUUGCCAACACCGUCAAUCCGGUUUGGCAUGGAGAGAAAUACACUUUUGUCGCGCUAAUGACAGACAUCCUGUACAUUGAGGUGAAGGACAAGUUUGCUAAAAGUCGACCCAUCAUCAAGCGCUUCCUUGGCCAGUUAACAAUCCCUGUGCAGCGGCUCAUUGAGAAAAUACCAGGUGUCCAGCCUGUAACUUUUCCCCUAUGCCGACGCUUACCUACGGAACACGUCAGCGGGCAGCUACAGUUCAAAGUGGAACUCACCUCAACUGGACCUGAUGGUGCAUCUCCGGAUUCCAUCAUUGGCCUUUCCACUUUUAAUGGAGCUCCAGGGACACCCUCAGAUGAUGAGGAUCUUCCUCAUCACCUUCCAGGCGUAGUAUCUUCUGGGCCCUCCCCCACUGGAUCACAGGGUUCUCAAGGUAUCUGGGACGGUGGGGCGGCGGCGGCCUACCCGGAAAAGGAGCUGCUGCUUAUUGGAUCCCGGGCGAGGUUUUUGGAGGGGCACGAAUUGCUUCAGAGAUCGCUCAGCGAAGGCCUUGAUGCUAUUGAGGCCCCCAAGGGUCCCGGGGAAAGACCGUUGGGUGCAGCCUCUCCGAAACUACGCUCUAGCUUCCCCACGCAUACGCGGUUAAGCGCCAUGUUGCACAUCGACUCUGACGAGGAUGAUGAGAGGUCUGGUUUUUCAGAAAUGGCUCCGAUGCCUCCGUCUCCAUUGCUACUUAAUGGGAACCCUCCAGAUAUUAGUGGUCCAUAUGAAGAUGAGCCGUCUCCUGGGCCGCAACUGAUCGAAGAGCAGAUAGGGGAAGAGGAACCAACGGGUGUGGGCACUGAUGAGAUAGUCCAGUUGGCCCUUGUGGUGGAUCCAGGUCAUGAACAGGAUGACAUUCUGGAUCCAGAGGUCUUCUCCGAGGCGGAGGAAGCACCGUUUACAGAGGCCGUUUCCCACACUUCACCAGAGGUUGGAGAGGCCCCUGAAGUGGGAAGAGGACCAGCUGAAGAGCCUUCUUCUGAGGUGGACACAUGCUCCAUGGCUACAGCACAGCAGACAGUCGUGUCUUCAUCAGAUAGUUGUCCAAUCACUUUGACCACAGCCAUGGAGGCAGAGGAAGGGGCUGAUGCAGCCAUCGAUCCAGGGGGAGAUGUGAUUGGUGGAACACUGCUUUCUGCUCUACCUGUUGACUGUGAGCAAGGUAUUUGUUCUGAGGCCGAAGGAGAAGCGGCCUCGGUACCGGAGUCCGAGAAGACUGUCGUGAGAAAACUCAGUCUGCAACCCGCGGGCAGCGUGUCUGACGAACCGGAUGGAAAUGAGUCCAAGCCGCAGGAGGAGACGGGCUCUGCAGAUUCUGAGCAAGUUACCACAGAAACAGAUGGAGAAGAAGGUACUCCUGUCAACGGUCAUCCCGUACGUUCCCUUCCAUCUGUUCGACAUGAUAUUCAUCGUUAUCAACGAGUAGACGAGCCUUUACCACCGAAUUGGGAGGCCCGGAUCGACAGUCAUGGCAGAAUCUUUUUUGUGGAUCACGUGAACAGGACCACGACAUGGCAGAGACCCACCGGACCCCCUGCGCCACAGGGCCUGACCCGGUCCAACUCCAUUCAGCAGAUGGAGCAGCUGAACCGCAGAUACCAGAGCAUCAGAAGGACCAUAACCAGCAGCGAUCGGACAGAUGAAAGCACGCCUGACCUGACCCCAGAACCAGAAGCUGAGCUGAUGCCUCACUCCAUUUCCGGUCCGUUGGAACAUGCCUAUCACGGAUAUACACCCUAUGUACAACCAUCAUGUAGUACCUUCUUUUGUCUUGUUUUUAUUGUAGAAUACAGACGAGAAAGUGCUGUGGGUCACUUAAGCAGUCGUUCCCGUCUAUCUCUGCUUCUCCAGUCUCCCAGCGCCAAGUUUCUGUGCAGUCCCGACUUCUUUACUGUGCUGCAUUCUAACCCCAGUGCCUACCGCAUGUUUACGAGCAACACCUGCCUGAAGCACAUGAUCAGCAAGGUGCGGCGAGACGCUCACUACUUUGAGCGCUACCAGCAUAACCGAGACCUGGUCACGUUCCUCAACAUGUUCUCUAACAAGCAGCUAGAGCUUCCUCGUGGAUGGGAAAUGAAACACGACCAUACUGGGAAGCCCUUCUUUGUGGAUCACAACUGUCGCUCCACAACCUUCAUUGACCCACGGCUGCCUCUCCAAAGCUCUCGCUCCACCGGGUUGCUGGCCCACCGCCAGCACCUGAGCCGCCAACGCAGCCACAGCGCCGGCGAGUGCCUCCUUUUGAUUCAGGUGGCCGACGACUCCCGGCAAAGCAACUCGCCUGCUAUCCCCCGGCCCUCCAGCACCUUCAGCGGGUCCAGUCGCUCCAGCCAGUACCAUGACGUGGUGCCCGUAGCGUACAACGACAAGAUUGUGGCUUUUCUGAGGCAACCCAAUGUCUUUGAGAUACUGCAGGAGAGGCAACCGGAGCUCGCUAGGAACAACUCACUCAAGGAAAAGGUCCAGUUCAUCCGCAAUGAAGGAGCCAAUGGGCUCGCUCGUCUCUCUGGGGACGCCGACCUAGUCAUGCUGCUCAGCUUAUUUGAAGAGGAGGUGAUGUCGUACGUGCCACCUUUGCUACACCCAAAUUACAGCCUUUCCUCGUCUCCUCAAAGUUCCCCAGGCACCCAAAGAGCCAACGCCCGCGCUCCUGCGCCCUACAAGCGAGAUUUUGAGGCAAAACUGAGGAACUUCUAUCGGAAGCUGGAGACUAAAGGGUAUGGACAAGGACCUGGGAAAGUCAAGCUCAUCAUACGGCGGGACCACCUUCUGGAGGACGCUUUUAACCAAAUCAUGUGUUACUCCCGUAAAGACCUUCAGAGGAGCAAACUUUACGUCAGCUUCGUCGGCGAGGAUGGGUUGGACUACAGCGGGCCCUCCAGAGAGUUCUUCUUCCUGGUGUCCAGAGAGCUUUUCAACCCUUAUUACGGCCUCUUUGAAUACUCAGCCAACGACACGUACACUGUCCAAAUCAGCCCCAUGUCCGCCUUUGUGGAUAAUCACCAUGAAUGGUUUCGUUUCAGCGGCCGCAUUCUGGGACUGGCUCUGGUUCAUCAGUAUCUGCUAGAUGCCUUCUUUACUCGUCCUUUCUACAAGGGGCUGCUACGCAUACCUUGUGAUCUGAGUGACCUGGAAUUUCUGGAUGAGGAGUUCCACCAGAGCCUGCAGUGGAUGAAGGACAAUGACAUCGAAGAUAUGCUGGACCUCACUUUCACGGUCAAUGAGGAAGUCUUUGGACAGAUCACCGAGAGAGAGCUGAAGCCAGGUGGGGCUGGAAUCCCAGUGUCAGAGAAGAACAAAAAGGAGUACAUCGAGCGUAUGGUCAAGUGGCGCAUCGAGAGAGGUGUGGCUCAGCAGACCGAAAGCCUGGUGCGAGGCUUCUAUGAGGUAGUGGAUGUGCGACUGGUGUCGGUUUUCGACGCCAGGGAGCUGGAGCUGGUGAUCGCCGGCACUGCCGAGAUCGACCUGGCAGACUGGAGGAACAACACAGAGUACAGAGGAGGUUACCAUGACAACCACAUAGUGAUACGUUGGUUCUGGGCAGCUGUGGAGAGGUUCAACAAUGAGCAGAGGCUGCGACUACUGCAGUUUGUGACCGGCACAUCCAGUAUUCCUUAUGAGGGCUUCGCCUCACUACGUGGAAGUAAUGGACCUCGCAGGUUCUGUGUGGAGAAGUGGGGAAAAAUCACCUCCUUACCCAGAGCGCACACUUGCUUCAAUCGACUGGACCUACCACCCUACCCAUCCUUCUCUAUGCUCUAUGAGAAGCUGGUGACGGCCGUGGAGGAGACCAGCACCUUCGGCUUGGAGUGAAAAGCGCCCACGGAGCGAGAAGAACCCCGCCCGGAAAAUGAAUUUCAAAAGCAACACGGUGAUAUUUCAUUUCACCGAGCCACAAACACCUGUGCUUUAUAUCUUCAGUUAACUGCAAUCGGUUUACUGGAUUCACUCGUCCUCCUCCUGCACCUUAGAGAGAGACAAUGAAGAACUCUCUGGACCUCAAAACUGUGUUUGCUGAAUUCAUGCUAAAUUCACAUUUUCCCCUUCACUCAUUUUUAACAGCAUCAGAGAAUGACGUUUUAGACAUAUGUGCUAUGGUAAAGGCGAUACACUAGGAAACGCACAUUUAGUUCAAGACUGAAUGUACUUUGUAACCCUCCUGUCAUGCCCCAAAAAGUCAAGCCCUUUGAAAGAAAAAAAAAUGUCCAGAAAAUUCCAGUUUAAACAAGUUAUACUAAAUAGGUGGAUGUGUCUAUCAUAACAUGGCACAUGAAAAAUUCUUAAAGGUUUUUGAAUUUCAGCCAUCGUACUUUGUUAGUGAGGAGGAAAUGAAAUCAAAAUAGGAUGCAUUAAAAGUCAUUUUGCAGUAAAUUCCAGGCAUUUUAAAUCAUUAGAAACUUUAAGGAAAUACCAGUUCAAGCCUUUCAUGCAUGUUUUAUGAUUUUUUUACCCUUACAGAACACACAUUUAACUCUUUGGCUGCCACAGACGUCCAAUCCAUUUUGACAUUUCCUUCAUUCGCCCAUCCAGGUUAAAAUGGAUUGGAAAUCUAGCACCAUCAAUGGCACUGAAAGAGCACCCCUCAUGGUUUUUCCUCCCAGUGUAAAUGAAUUGGACGUCUCGUGCCGUGAAUGGCAGCCAGUGAGUUAAAUACUGUGAAAAAAUGAGUUAAUUUUAGAGUUACUCGGGGCUGUAAACAGUGUGUGUUUCCCUUACAAAGUUAGAAACAAAAAAGGCCAGAAAACUCCGGUUUUACCAAAUUAUGCAAAAUUGUGUGGAUGUGUCCAUCAUAACAUAGCACAUGAAAAAUUCUCAAAGAUUAAUGCCAGAAAUUUAAACAGGAAGUUUUUGAAUUUCUUUGUUACUUUGUUAGUGAGGAGGAAAAGAAAUCAAAAUAGGAUGCAUAAAAAGUCAUUUUGAAGUAAAUUCCAGGCAUUUUAAAUCAUUAGAAACUUUAAGGAAAUACCACUUUAACAUGUUUUAUGACUUUUUUUUACCCUUACAGAACACACAUUUAACUCUUUGGCUGCCACUGACGACACUAUACGCCCAAUCCAUUUUGACAUUUCCUUCAUUCGCCCAUCCAGGUUAAAAUGGAUUGGACAUCUAGCACCAUCAAUGGCACUGAAAGAUCACCACUCAUGGCUUUUCCUCCCAGUGUAAAUGAAUUGGACAUCUCGCGCCGUCAAUGGCAGCCAGUGAGUUAAAUACUAUGAAAAAAUGAGUUAAUUUUAGAGUUACUCGGGGCUGUAAACAGUGUGUAUUUCUGUCGAUCGAUCGGCGAGCCCAUUUUUUUCUCUCUCGCUCUGAUAUCGAUAAUUAAUUGCUACUCCAUCAUUAUUUGUGGACAGUUCAGAAUGAAACAUGGCGGCUAUAUUCUACGAAUGUACCGUAAUUUUCGGACUAUAAGCCGCUACUUUUUUCCCCUCAUUUUGAAUCCUGUGGCUUAUAGUCCAGUGCGGCUUAUUUGUUGAUUUAUUUGGGCGAAGAGGCAACACAUUAUUUGACAGCGGCAUCAUAAGAUUGUCAUAAGACUAUCAUAAUUAUGACAUGACAUUAUCAUAGGCAUUAAUUUAGAUGUCAUUAAGUGUCAUCUGGCAAAUUAUGUCACUAACUCCAUUUAUGUCCUGCUCGGAUCUUUUACAUCCAUUUAAAAGUGAAAUAAUUUGCUGGAUGACGCAAAAUGUUGUCUGUCAUAAGCAUUCAUCAUUGCUCAUGGCAAUGUCAUAAUUAUGAUGGUCUUAUGACAGUCUUAUGGCGUCACUGUUAAAUAAAGUGUUACCAAAUUCCAUAUCUAGCAAUUAAUGAAACAACUAGAACGGUAACCGAAGAAAUAAUUAGCACAGAACAUGAAUUUUGAUUGUGAUUUACAUCUGUAGUGCUGCAGUGCAUGCUAAGAGGCAUGUUGGAUGACAAUAAUGUUGACAGCAGGUGGCAGCAGAGGUUGACUGUCUCCCCCAAUGGAGCAGUGAUGGCCAAAUGAAGCUUCUUGAAGCAAUGAAGCUUUGCAGCCAGUUGGUGUAAAGCUUCAUGGUGGUUGAUUCAUUCUUAUGACAGUCUUAUGGCACUGUCAAAUAGUGUUACGGCUUUAUAUCUUUCGGUGUAAAUAUCCCAUAAUAAAGUGAGGACAGGCGCGGCUUACAGUCCUGUGCUGCUUAUAUAUCAACAAAUGCCGUUUUUGUGUCAAAUUUGGUGGGUGGCGGCUUAUAGUCAGGUGCGCCUUAUAGUGCGAAAAUUACGGUAUUCAUAUAAAUCCUCAGAGCGCUAUUUUUAAUUAUUUCUCUCAGGUUGCAGACUUAUUGUUGUCUGUAGGUUCUGAGAGACCCAGUAGAGGGAGCCAAGCAGUCAUGGUUAAAUUUGAACUUGCUUUUAAAUAUAGAUGUAAAAAUGUUUAAAAUCCAACUGGCAGAACAGGAGGGUUAUUCCAGGAGUUACACAAUAUCAGUAUUGUGAUACAGUACUGACAUUAUGAAUGAUUUGUUCACAAUGGGACUAUCAAGAUGGUCGUUUUGAGUACUGUUCACCACAAAGAAAUACAUACAAUGCUUUAGAUGCACUUUUCUAGUUACAUAGAAUCCACUGCACGGAUGUUUACCACCUCAACACACCUCUCAGUUUCCAUAGAAAAUCCCUCUCAUUAAAACUGGUUCACUGUUUCAUGAGUCAUGGUCAACAGGUGACGCCUGCCCUGAAGGCAAGCAAAGGAAGACAUGAAUGUAUUAAAUAUGUGACUGAAUGUAUGUAUGUAUGUAUGACCCUCAAGCCAUGACUAGAAGCUCACACGGGAAUCCUAUGUGUGAAUUGUAGAAGUUCUGCAUGAUACCAUAGUGUACUUCUGGAAAAGCACUGUGUCAAUGGGCUGUUUGUAGGAUAUGCAAGGAAAAGUAAUGUAAUUGAAUGAGGCGGAAAAAACGUAUUUGAGUGUAUUUAUUAACAAAUAUUUAAUGGCUUUUGAGCUAAAUACAAUCAAGAGAGGCAUUGGAGUCGUUUACAGUCCCAAAAUGUACAAUCUGUCCAUUUUAAAUCCAAUUUUGCUUACUAUUGUAGUAGUAAGCACUUUAUUAUUCCAGCAAAUGAAUCAGCUGGACCCACAAAAUGACCAAAACCUUAGCAAUAUUUUUGUGAAUCCUGAAUGUAUGUAUUGAAGAGGUCCUUUGCUAAUACACAGACAUGUUCCAAAUUCACAAAAACAAUGUGCGCGACUUGCUAGAGGCAAAAUAUUGUCUUUUUAUACCACACGUUAUGUUUUCGAUGGUUGUUUUGGAAUUUCCUUUUCACUGAUUAUCCUACAAAUUGCUUAAAGAAAUUUAUCGGUGAAGAAUGAUUUAGAAUUACUGGUUCAAGCGGUGUACUGUUUACAGCAGGCUGGUGUCACAUGAUUCUGCAUCGAGAACAAAACCCAUCCAAUCUACCAACUUGUUCAAGUUGUAUCUAAUGAUCAACCUGAUGUACAACUUCCGUGACUUACACAUCCAUGCCACUCACUACUUUGGCCUUGGCAGCAUGCGAUAAAACAGACUGUUGAGUACAAAACUAAAACCCCUUUCACGCCAUCGUACACUCACUUGUGAAGACAAAUGCUUUUUUUUAUAAGGGGGUGCAUGCAAAAUGAAUCUUACUGUACAAACAAGUGUUGUGGAGCUAGAGCGGCUGAGGCUAGAAUAGUGCUUGAUAACGCGUGUGCUGCGAGUCGCCAAGGCAACACUUUUAUAUGGCAUCAUGCAUGUGAGGGGUUCUUGGUCAGCUCUGUGAGCUGUGCUGGGGGCCGUGAAACCUGUGACGGCAUUGUGUUCUAGCUUGAUAUUGCAUGCUCAACUAUUGCAAGACACUGACUGUCCUUACUAGCUUUUCCUGCAUGAGGAUAUUGUUAACAGAAAAAAAAUGAGAUGGGGGUAAAUCGUUGUUUUUUUUUCAUAGUGGAAAUCAAAGUCAUGAGCCCUUCGUGCUUUACAUGGUCAUACCCAAGUGUCGAAACUAAUGAGUAGUCCGCAUAUGUCACUUUGAAUGAGCUCUGGGAAUGUGCAAUGUAGUUUGAAUGUGUCCAGUAUGGCAUGUUACCCAAAAAUGUCACUUUUCACGCGUGUCCUGCCUAUCUUAGUAAUAGGUCGAUGGUUAUGGUUCAUUGCUCAUGGGUCGGGGAUGAACCAAUAGGGCUGUUUUGACAAAAAAUACAAAAACACAUGUAUGUGGACCAUGUGUGCAGUCAUCAUGUUUGUCUCUUAUUUGUAUAUAACUGUAAAUGUACAGCAUAUCUGUCCUGUUGUGUGUAUAAAUAUAUAUUUUGCACUGAAUGUACCAAAUGGGCUCGAGUCAAGUCCAGAGUUGGGUCUACUUUCAUUUCAAAUCUUGGCAUCUAGUGGGCUUUUGAGCACUUUUAAGCAUAUGGGAGUCAAACUUAUUUUAGCUCAAGUGCCAUAUUGACCCCAGUUGGAUCUCAAGUGGGCUGGAUCAGGAUGUUUGUGUCCUAAUAUUCUUUUUCUUUUGGCUUUUUCCCUCAGGGCUCGCCACAGCGAAUCAGUUGUCUCUAUCUAGCCCUGUCCUCUGCAUCCUCUGCUCUCACACCAACUACCUUCAUGUCCUGUUUAACUACAUCCAUAAAGCUCCUCUUUGGUCAUCCUCUAGUCUAGACCAGGGGUCAGGAACCUUUUUGGCUGAGAAAGCCAUGAACACAUUUUUUUUUAAAUGUAAUUCCGCGAGAGCCAUACAAUAUUUUUAAAACUAAAAAUACAAGUAAUGUCUGCAUUUUAUGUAAUUUCAACACUUUUAAAGUACAAGGGUUCGGGUUAGUCUUUCAACUCUUUUUAAUAUCAUUGUUAUGCUGUUGCUAAUCAAUGAGUAUUUCUUACCAUUAAUGCGACUUCUGGUGCUGCAUGGUUUUGCUGAUGACUUUGUAGUCUGGUUGAUACUUGGUGGCGUUAAGCUUCAUGCAGGCGUUGAGAAACUUAGGAUGUGUAUCUUUUCAUGUUCAUGAAGCCCCACGAAUCCUGUUUUUACCCACCUCGCACGGAGCACCAUCAGCGCACACCGAAACAAGUUUAUCCAUCGGUAGAUUUUUUUUCUUUAGCGAACUCAGUGAAGGACUUGAAUAAAUCCUCCCCUCUUGUUGUCUCUUUCAUAGUCAAAACCUUGCAAUUACGCUGAAUUGGGAUAAAUUGCUUGUCUGUUGACUCAUCCAAAGCAAGAGAAAAAAACGGUGCCACAUUUAUGUCCUUCACUUGCCUCAGUUUGAUUUGACAUCAUGAUGGUAAGAUCGACAGAGGCAUGUCUUUUAUGCGUUUAAUUAUCUUGUCUUAAUCCGAAAAGUCGUCGAAAACUCUCUACAAAGGCAAAUUCCUCCGUCCAUUCCUGCUGAAAAGUACGAUACUCCUCGUCUUUCUUUUUUUUUUUUGCCAUCUUCUCGAAAGGGUUUCUAAAAUUAGCUGACAAACACGGAAAAUGAAACUAAAAACGAGGGAAGUUUACUUCACGCACAUGCGCACAUCGGCCACUAUUUUCGACAGCAAAAUACGGCGAUCCCACUUGAACAGUGUGUCUGCCUCGUCUGCAUUGCCAAUGCGAUUGAUAGAUAAAUAAAUAUAUAAAUAGACUCAACGACAUGUAUGUUUGCCACUCCCACUAAAAUUACUGCAAACCGGCUUUCUAGUCGCCGGUUGUAGUAUACGGACUACGUGUCCCAUGAUCACCCUGGGCUCACGCAGCCAAUGGCAUGGGACUUGGGGGGGGGAUCUUACGUAAGUAGGUUGCUAUUUGAUGAUAU